CCUCCCGGCCCAGUCUGCAGAGGCUCGCCUUCCUCUCCGCCCGCAGGUCGGGGCCGCUGCCGCGGGCGCGUUCCGCAUCGCUCCGGGAGCCCCAGGCGUGGAGCUCCGAAGCCAUCGACAGCUUCUGGCACUUCUGAGCUGCGGUGGGCGAGGGCCCGCGCGUUUCCUCCAGCUGGGGAGGUCGGAGAGCGGAGGCGGAGGCAGUUUCAGGCCUUAGGCCCCGCGGGCCGGGUCCAGUGAGACGCGCCCAUCCUUCGCCGAACCGGGCGCGCGCGGGCCUCUUAGGACCUCACCGGCGACCCGUAGUUCGGACACGCGCUUGCCGCAGGCCGCAGGAAGGAGGGGUCCAGUCUGAGGCCUGGGGCGACGGCCGCUAUGGAGAUCACCUCGGCCCAGGGCCCGCGCCAGGAGCCUUGGGGGCGGCCCUGACCGCCCUCCUCCCUGCCGAGGCCGGGUCGCGGACGUGCCCCCCGCGGCCGCCCGCCGCCUCUGCCUCUCCGGCCUCCCCGGGCCGCGCUGCUGCCUGGGCGCGGCGGCGGCGGCGGCGCCCUGUUGAAUGGGCUGUGAGGGCCCAGGUUUGUAGCGCUGGCGAACGCGGCCUCCAGGGGCGCAAGGCAACAGCAGCGGUGGCGACCAAACGGGUGUUGGAGUUGGCGGCGGCCAUGGAGGGCCUGGCUGGCUAUGUAUACAAGGCGGCCAGCGAGGGCAAGGUGCUGACCCUAGCCGCCUUGCUCCUCAACCGGUCUGAAAGCGACAUCCGCUAUCUCCUGGGCUUUGUCAGCCAGCAGGGAGGGCAGCGCUCCACGCCCCUGAUCAUCGCAGCCCGCAAUGGCCACGCCAAGGUGGUGCGCUUGCUGCUGGAACAUUACCGGGUGCAGACCCAGCAGACUGGCACCGUCCGCUUCGACGGACAUUGUGAAAAUGUUAGCCUGAGGUGUUCACAGUAUGAAGCUCACUCAUCCCUUAGGAGCUGGCUUUUGAGGUAUGUCAUUGAUGGUGCCACUGCUCUAUGGUGUGCAGCAGGAGCAGGACAUUUUGAAGUUGUUAAACUUCUAGUCAGCCAUGGAGCCAACGUGAACCAUACUACAGUAACUAACUCGACCCCUCUGCGGGCAGCUUGCUUUGAUGGCAGACUGGACAUUGUGAAAUACUUGGUUGAAAAUAAUGCCAACAUCAGUAUUGCCAACAAGUAUGACAACACCUGCCUAAUGAUUGCAGCAUAUAAGGGACACACUGAUGUGGUCAGAUACCUUUUAGAACAACGCGCUGAUCCCAAUGCUAAAGCACAUUGUGGAGCCACAGCAUUGCACUUUGCAGCUGAAGCUGGGCACAUAGAUAUUGUGAAAGAGCUGAUAAAAUGGCGUGCUGCUAUAGUAGUGAAUGGCCAUGGGAUGACACCAUUAAAAGUGGCUGCCGAAAGCUGUAAAGCUGAUGUUGUCGAACUGUUGCUCUCUCACGCUGAUUGUGACCGAAGAAGUCGGAUUGAAGCUUUGGAACUCUUGGGUGCCUCCUUUGCAAAUGACCGUGAGAACUAUGACAUCAUGAAGACAUACCACUAUUUAUAUUUAGCCAUGUUGGAAAGAUUUCAGGAUGGUGAUAACAUUCUUGAGAAAGAGGUUCUCCCACCAAUCCAUGCUUAUGGGAAUAGGACUGAAUGUAGAAAUCCUCAGGAACUGGAAUCCAUUCGGCAAGACAGAGAUGCUCUUCAUAUGGAAGGCCUUAUAGUUCGGGAACGGAUUUUAGGUGCUGACAAUAUUGAUGUUUCCCAUCCCAUCAUUUACAGGGGAGCUGUCUAUGCAGAUAAUAUGGAAUUCGAACAGUGUAUCAAGUUGUGGCUUCAUGCCCUGCACCUCCGACAGAAAGGUAACAGGAAUACCCACAAGGAUCUUCUUCGAUUUGCUCAAGUUUUCUCACAGAUGAUACAUUUGAAUGAAACCGUGAAAGCGCCAGAUAUAGAAUGUGUUUUGAGAUGCAGUGUUUUGGAAAUAGAACAAAGUAUGAACAGAGUAAGAAAUAUUUCAGAUGCUGAUGUCCACAGUGCUAUGGACAAUUAUGAAUGUAAUCUCUACACCUUUCUGUAUUUAGUGUGCAUCUCCACCAAAACACAGUGCAGUGAAGAAGAUCAGUGCAAAAUUAACAAGCAGAUCUACAACCUGAUUCACCUUGAUCCCAGAACUCGGGAAGGCUUCACCUUGCUGCAUCUAGCUGUCAAUUCGAAUACCCCAGUUGAUGAUUUCCACACCAAUGACGUUUGCAGCUUUCCAAAUGCACUUGUCACCAAGCUCCUGCUAGAUUGUGGUGCUGAGGUAAAUGCCGUGGACAAUGAAGGGAACAGUGCCCUUCAUAUUAUUGUUCAAUACAACAGGCCCAUCAGUGAUUUUUUGACCUUGCACUCUAUCAUCAUUAGCCUAGUUGAAGCUGGCGCUCACACUGACAUGACAAAUAAACAGAAUAAGACUCCGCUAGACAAAAGUACAACUGGGGUAUCUGAAAUACUACUUAAAACUCAAAUGAAGAUGAGUCUCAAGUGCCUGGCUGCCCGAGCAGUUCGGGCUAAUGACAUUAACUACCAAGACCAGAUCCCCAGAACUCUUGAAGAAUUUGUUGGAUAUCAUUAAGUGACUGGAUAUGUAAAAUUGUUUAAUGUGGUGCUAAAAAGUAAAGAACUUUAAUCACAGACAAUAGAAUUAUGUGUUCAUAAAUUCUACUUUUCUUUCCAUUACCCUUUCUCUCUACCCAUCCUUCCUUAGUUCUGUAUUUAGUCUUCUAGUCUCAUAUGGUAAUUGAUUUCAAAUACACUUUAAACAAAGCCACAUUGUUUAGGUGUAACUAAUCUAAGGUGUUUGAAUAUUGGUCACUUUAACUACUUUUCUUUCUUUUUUUUUUUUUAAGGAAUGAAUAUAAAAUGUUUUGUUUAUGUAACAGAGAACAUUUCUAAUUUGAAGUUGAUAAUGUUUGAAAAAAAUUGCCUACAAAAGUAUUUCUGUUAAGCCUUUGUUAGCAUGUUAUUCUUGUAGCAGUUUUGAGGAUUUCAUGAAGAAAAACAACUAAAAGUGAACAUUAAAAGUAAUGGGAUACCCAGGUGUUCUGCACAUGCCAAACUGCUGUAGGUAGUUUUCACUCUUUCAUUAAUUAUGUUGAGUGAUACAGCACAUUAUAACAUCAGGAGGAUUUAAAAAAAUAUAGCUGCAGAUUAAUCUGAAAAAUAUGCUAACUUAAUAAUAGUUAUACAUUUAUAAAGUUAAAUCCAUUGAAAUUAUUGCAUUAUGCUGGGUGGUAUAUACCAAGUAGUAAUAAUCUUAAAGUGACUUUUCAGAAAAUAUUGAUGGACUGUUUGCCUUUAGGCUUUGAAUUCUAAAAUUCUUUGAAGUCUCUGUUUUAAUGUAGCUUAUCUAAAUUGCAGCAGUCUGCAUUUGACUCAGCUCACAAAUAUGUAAAAAUUAUGAAUGCUGUGUUUUCUUAUGAAACAAAUUGUCACAUAUAGUUACACAUUCUAUUUUUUUUCCUUUCUUUCCUCCUGUGUGGUAAUUUUAAAUUUGGAAACUACUUUUCUAGCAGGCAUUAUUUGUUCCUCCCUAUUAAGGUGUGUAUGAUAGAUGAAAGGAACCAGGAUCUUUUUAAAUUUUUUUUUCACUUUAUUUAGUCUGUGAUAAGAAGUAGAAAAAAAUCACUAGUGUGGUAUAGGGAAUUAAAUAUUUUUGAUGAUGAAAAGAAUUUGCAAUGCCACUUUGAAAGAUAGUUCUGUUUGAGAGCUGCACAUUUUUCAACCACAAAAUGUCACUUAUUCUGACAGGUUGUACAGAGGUUUUUAUGUUUUUUGUUUUGUUUUGCUUUAGUGGCAACAUUUUAAGUGUAAGACUAAAAGAGUGAUCUGUGAUUAUCUUUUAAGCAUCACAGAAAUUCAAGCAAAGCAUACACACCUAUUUUUAUUGAUGUUAAAAAUGAGAAAGUAAAAUUAGCUAUAUCUGUAUUUUUCUCUCUAGUGCCAAAUGAAUGCCUUAGCUAUUCAUAGUGCAUGGUACUGUAAGUGAAGACCUACAGCUUUUUUGUUUCUUUCAUGAAAAGCAUUAUAAUGAUGUAGCAACAUCAGAUAUAAACUUAAAACUUGUAAGGUUUCAAUUAACAUUUUAUGUAUGGAAAUUGCUUUGUGAAGUAUAAGAGAAAGGUUGCAGUUGGAUCAGUAUAAAACAUAAUGACCAAACCAAAAUCAGCACCUAGGGCCUUAAAAUAGCGAUACCCCACAAAAUGAAAUACUUUGAAGGGUGGGACGGAAUGGAAAGGGGGAACUUAAAGAGCUUUUCCCCCAAGAAUGCAAGGUACUUUUACAGCUACUGUAGUUAUACUUCGUGUGUCUUCUUGCUUCAGUUAGGAAUGUUUUGAUGGUUAAUUCUGUCAUGGUAAUAUAUUUCUGUUUUUCUAACCUGAGUUUUUACAAGGAAGAUUAGUUUAAAGGGAGGUAUUUGAAUGAAUCCUAAUUUGAAAAUUACUGGCCUUGAUCCCCCUGGUGUGAGUCAAGGAAAUACUGAACCUUGCUCUUGGCAACUGUAAUGGACUGAAAGAGAAAAUGCCCAUCCUCAAGGUGAGUGAAUCACACCUUUCUACAGCUCAGAUCAGACCCUGCGUUUUUCAGACUUCAAGGCCUGCUUAUUGACAGUCUGAGGAAUGGCUGUGAUAGAUGGUAUUCAUUUGGUUUCAUUAUUAUUAUUUUUUUUAAUAUUUUAUUGAUUUUUUUACAGAGAGGAAGGGAGAGAGAUAGAGAGUCAGAAACAUCGAUGAGAGAGAAACAUCGAUCAGCUGCCUCUUGCACAUCUACUGGGGAUGUGCCCGCAACCCAAGUACAUGCCCUUGACCGGAAUCGAACCCGGGACCCUUCAGUCCGCAGGCCGACGCUCUAUCCACUGAGCCAAACCGGUUUCGGCUGGUUUCAUUAUUAAUGUAUAUGAUUUUAAACACCAAAACUUCAAAUAUCAGAUAAUGUUGCAUGUUUUAAAAAUCAUGUCAUCCCUUUGGCUACCCAGGACCAGCACUCUUAGAUAUUGCUUAUUUGUAAAAUGAAGAUAAUGAUAUGUGUACAUAUUUACACAUCAAAAUUUAAUGAUGCUGUUUUUGAGGAGGGAGGACUGAAUGCUGGAGAAAGUAAAACUGCUGAUUGAAAUGCUGACAAAGUUGGAGAAAAUUUGAAGACAGUGGAAUAAACUAUGAACUCUGCUGAUGGUAACUGAGAUUUUAUUUUACUAUAGUAUAGAAGCACAUGUGUACUAUAUUGCUAAGGACCUGAUUCUGUCUUGUAAAAUCAGAUAUGUUUUGUGAAACACCUGUAUAAAACCAUUCUUGAAACGCGA